GCCGGACAUGGUGGCACAUGCCUGUGGUCCCAGCUACUCGGGAGGCUGAGGCAGGAGAAUUGCUUGAACCCAGGAGGUGGAGAUUGCAGUGAGCCGAGAUCGAGCCACUGCACUCCAGCUUGGGUGACAGAGCGAGACUAAGUCUCAAAAAGAAAAAAAAAGUAAGAUCCAAAGUGAUACCAUAAUCCAUGGUUUACUCCUGACCCACAGCUUGGAAAAAUACCAGGAAGAAGGAAGGGAGAAUGAAUAAUUGUGGAAAGGGCAAGAGAGAGGAAGGCUGAAGAGUCCCCAGUAUUUAAAACUAAAACGGUGAGAUUCAUGUGAGACGUGGAUUACCUGCUUCUCUUGGGGAAUGUAAGGGUGUGGGCUCUGAAGCAGUCAAGUGUGAGAAGUCUGACGUUCUUGGUCAGCCAGCCCCACACUAGGCACUGGAAGGUGAGUCACUCUGGUGAGGUGAUUGGGAUUGGAUGAGAGUCAGUUGGGAAGGAAAGUGCAGAAGAGGAGAAGGAGUCCAGGGCUUUGGAAGAAGGAAGGACCCCAGGGCCGGUCAGGGAAGUGACAAUGAGAAACUGAAAACGGGAAGGGAACAGAAAGAUGAAAUGUGGCGUGGGGUCUGCCUGGGCAUGUCCAUGCCAAGUGCCCAGGGCUUCUUCCUCGGUGUGGGUCCCCCUGCCAGAUGUGUGGUGACUGAGGCCAGGUGUGGAUGCUCUGGAGUGUGUGCAGUCAGUGGGCCAGUUAGCAAGAAGCUGUCACAGGCCCCAGGGAGCGCCAUGGCCCGCGCACGCCAGGAGGGCAGCUCCCCGGAGCCCGUAGAGGGCUUGGCCCGCGACGGCCCGCGCCCCUUCCCGCUUGGCCGCCUGGUGCCCUCGGCCGUGUCCUGCGGCCUCUGCGAGUCCGGCCUGCCCGCCACCCCCGCCGCCCCCGCCUUGCUGCCCGCUGCCUACCUCUGCGCCCCCGCCGCCCCACCCGCCGUCACCGCCGCCCUGGGGGGCCCCCGCUGGCCUGGGGGCCCCCGCAGCCGCCCCCGAGGCCCGCGCCCGGACGGUCCUCAGCCCUCGCUCUCGCUGGCGGAGCAGCCUGAGUCGCCCGUGCCCAGCGCCCCAGGGGCCCUGGCGGGCGGUCCCACCCAGGCGGCCCCCGGAGUCCGCGGGGAGGAGGAGCAGUGGGCCCGGGAGAUCGGGGCCCAGCUGCGACGGAUGGCGGACGACCUCAACGCGCUGUACGAGCGGCGGAGACAAGAGGAGCAGCCGCAGCACCGCCCCUCGCCCUGGAGGGUCCUGUACAAUCUCAUCAUGGGACUCCUGCCCUUUCCCAGGGGCCACAGAGCCCCGGAGAUGGAGCCCAAUUAGGUGCCUGCACCCGCCCGGUGGACGUCAGGGACUUGGGGGGCAGGCCCCUCCCAUCUCCUGACACCCUGGCCAGCGCGGGGGACUUUCUCUGCACCAUGUAGCAUACUGGACUCCCAGCCCUGCCUGUCCCAGGGGCUGGCGGGGGCAGCCACUCCAGCUCCAGCCCAGCCUGGGUGCACUGACGGAGAUGCGGACUCCUGGGUCCCUGGCCCAGAUGCCAGGGAAGGGAGGGCUGACGGACUCAGCAUCGGAAGGCGGCGGUGACCGAGGGGGUGGGGACUGAGCCGCCCGCCUCUGCUGCCCACCACCAUCUCAGGAAAGGCUGCUGUGCUGGUGCCCGUUCCAGCUGCAGGGGUGACACUGGGGGACUCUCCUCUCAGUGCUCCUUCACUCUGGGCCUGGCCUCAGGCCCCUGGUGCUUCCCCCCCUCCUCCUGGGAGGGGGCCCGUGAAGAGCAAAUGAGCCAAACGUGACCACUAGCCUCCUGGAGCCAGAGAGUGGGGCGCGUCUGCCGGUUGCUCCAGCCCGGCGCCCAGCCAUCUUCCCUGAGCCAGCCGGCAGGUGAGGGCAUGCCUGCCUCACCUUCAUCGGGGUGGGGGGGGGGGUGGCCAGGAGGGUCCCAGACUGUGAAUCCUGUGCUCUGCCCGCAACCCACCCCCCGCCCCAUCAGUCCCAUUGCAUAGGUUUAGAAAGAGCACGUGUGACCACUGGCAUUCAUUUGGGGGGUGGGAGAUUUUGGCUGAAGCCGCCCCAGCCUUAGUCCCCAGGGCCAAGCGCUGGGGGAAGAUGGGGAGUCAGGGAGGGGGGGAAAUCUCGGAAGAGGGAGGAGUCUGGGAGCGGGGAGGGAUGGCCAGCCUGUAAGAUACUGUAUAUGCGCUGCUGUAGAUACCGGAAUGAAUUUUCUGUACAUGUUUGGUUAAUUUUUUUUGUACAUGAUUUUUGUAUGUUUCCUUUUCAAUAAAAUCAGAUUGGAAGAGUG